UCGCCGCGGCCGGUCCGGAGAGGUGUGAAAUUUGACAUGGAGUACUCGGUGGACGCCCACGCCAUGGCGUCGCUGAUUCCGCACGACAACUAUGAUCUGGUCGUGGCCAAUAGUGUUUUUGAGCACAUGCGGCAGCCCUUCGUCGUCGCGUGCCGCGCGGCGUGGAAAUCACAAUAGCCAGUGGCGAGGUCGCGUCGAUGGCGUCUCGGAGGGCCUCAUUCCGACGCCGUUGACGCGCCGCGUCGACCGCCACGCCAUCGCCGCGACGCGUUCGCACCGCGAGACGCGGCGUCACACGCAGGAAACAAAUCUACCUCAUCCUCAAGCCCGGCGGCUACAUGCUCUGGCACACGCCGUUCAUGUUUCCCUUCCACGGCGUGCCCGCGGACUAUUUCCGCUACACGCACGCGGGCGCGGCGGCCGUCUGUGAAGACUCGGGCCUCGAAGUUAUUGAAGCGGCGCCGGACGGCGGCUACGCGGCCGUGCUGGGCCAUGUAGUAGGCAUGGACACGCGCUUCUUCUCGGACGAGGAGAUACACCGAGUGCAUGAGCUGCCGCACUGGAAAGAUCUGGACAACCUGCACCACAAGGUGUCCUACCACCUGUCGACGAAGCUCGUCGCACGGAAGCCCCCCUCGAACUAA